GUUCCUCCUGGCGCCCGGCAGGGAAACGAGCAGCGGAACAGUGCAACCCCUCUAGGGGGCCCUCCAAAGGCCCGGAGGUCCCCGGGAGGAAGCACCCUGUGUAACUCGGUUCCCGUGCGCGCUCGCACUGGGUCCUCCAGGCCGCUCCGCCGCGCAGGAAACGGCUGAGGCUUCCGUGACCCCACUGACGACCAGGACCCGGGUACUCCUUCCCCGACUUCGGUCUCUCGCCAGACCGUGCCCCUCUCAGCGCCUGCCCCGCAGGAGGACACCAGGGCUUCCCGCAGCCUGGGCACACGUUUCCACCACCCCCGGCCCUUUGUCCCUCCCGGACCGCCCCUCACUGCCGUCUCCAUGGCGCCCGACGACUCGGGAAGCGUCCGGGCCAGGGACUGUGCGUCUGGGUUAAAAGCUAGGCCCGGGCUGGGUGUGUGCGACCGAGCGUCCCACUCUCUCCCUCCCUUCCAGGGGACAGAGGCCAGGGGACGGACAGGGGCCGGGACAGUACACCGCAGCUGGCGUUCCCCGGUCUCCAGGACACGGGAAGGACGGGAGCCACCUUUGGAUGAGAUGAGCAGACCCUGGCCCAGGUCUAGUUGCUGUUUCAGACUCUGACACCCUAAAACAAUGCCAAGAGUAAAGAAAGGGAAAGGGAAAGCUAAAGGGGCUCCCCCACCCAUCGUUCCGAUUCUUCAACGGUUCCUGAAAACCUAUGGAAAGCACUGUGCACGCUCCCAGACAUCAGUGUGUCCAGCCAUCAGAAGGGACCUGAAAAGCAGCAUUGACAGUGAGCAGAGCCUCAGGAGGUUUACACUCAUAAGACCUGACGACUCCCCGCCAGGCCUCCCACCAGUGUCCUUGGAACCUCUCCUCACAACAAUCCGAGAUGAGCAGUACACCCUGGGGAAGGAGAUCUGCAUCUGGGGCCUUCAGCUGAGCAACCCGGAGAUUGCCAGACUCUCUUGCCUUCUGGAAUUGACGGGGUGCACUACCUGCCCAUUUACUACGCUGGAAAUCAUUGCCUGCAAGAUGGACCCAUGGUCCCUAGGGCGACUUGGGAAGGCUUUGCAGUUCAGCAGAUUGCUUUUUCUUAUCCUCGAUUAUUGCAGCAAGCUGCACCUCGAUGGCAACUAUUUGCAGUGCUCUGGAUCUCUGGCUCUGCUCAGGCCCUUAGCGGAGUAUGCAGAGAUGCAGGGGAAAGAACCGCCAGCCACAGCCUCUCCUGACACGAGAAAUCCCACUCAGCAGCUCCACAAAAUCAAGAAUAAAAAGCGCUUGACUGAAGCUGGUCCUUGGUUAGUGAAGUUACAUUUGGCAGAUAAUGGAAUAGAUGGCAAAGGAGAAGGAGAAAGCUUGUUGGAAUUUACUCAAAUGCUGACAUGCCUGAUCAAAUACUCUGCCCAUGUAAGGGAAAUUGACCUUGGGAACAACAUCCUGGGAGAAAUGGCUGCUGCUCAUAUCCUUGGAGCCCUGAGAGCCAGAAAGACAGGUAAACUACCAGUCUUAAAAAUUACAGUCACUCCCCAGAUCUCUUCCGAUACCUUUAGAUCUAUUUGGAAAAAUAGCAAGAAAUCUAAUACUACCUAUAAAAAGAAGAAUAAGGCUAAAAACUGAAUACAGAGGCUGUAUUUCCCUGUGGAAGUCAUCUAUUUCCAUGGCGAACCAGACAUGUCUAGAAAGACUGAUUGUUCUGAAAUAAUAUUUUUCAUUAUAAAUAAACCCUUUCUAAGCUUUAAAAUUAGAUAAGACUAUUUUAUGAAAGUUCAAGGUAGCAUUAAUCCGAUGGCACUCGUCAAUGUCAAAUGUAUAAAAGUCAGUUUUCAUAAGUCGUGCAUGUGAAAUACAUGAUUUGAAAGAAUCAUAUUCUUUACCUAAGACUCUUCCUUCAUAAAUAUGCCUAUAGUUGUGGAAAAAUAGGGAUUUUUGGAAAUAAUAACCAUUUCCUAAAAGACAACAUCCCUAAAAAUUGGUCUCUUCCCCAAAUGAGGAAACUUCUGAUCCCUCAAUUGCACCAUGAAUAAGCCCCAUGGGAAAUAGAAGAGGUGUGGUUGAUAGAUGUGUGGAUGAGACAUUGGGUUAGUUUAGUUGUAUGUGCCAUGAAAACAUGGUGCAGACUUUGGGAGCACACACUGGGAAUUAGCUAUGCCAGAAUUCUCUGUGGAGAACCUGCUUUUUCCAGAUGUGUGACCUGGGGCAAAUCUGCUAAACCUACUGUGCAACUUAGUUUUCCCUUGUGUAAGAGAAAAAUAAAAAUAGCACCUAGCUCAUUUGAUGAGCUUUGAGUGAGCUGCCACAUGUCAAGUAUUUCAGGACAAUGUAUUCUUCAUAAAAGUAAGUAUUAGGGGCUGGUAUACUGUCAUUGUUAGUGUUAGGACUGUCACUAUCUCACUUAUGAUGUAAGAAAAAUAUAAAAGAAAAAAGGAACGCUUUAAAUCUCCUUAUUUUGACUCAAAAAAAACCAACUUCAUUCUUCUGUAUACAAAUGUAGCCCCAGGAGGCAUCAUGGCAAAUUUUUUGAAAGGCACAUUACAGUGGGUGCAUAACACCAUGUUUAUUUUUUAGAAGUAUUUCUAUUGAUGAAUUAUUAAUUUUAAUUUUAUGAGUAUUUUUAUAUUAAACAAUGUAUACUUAA